CGGUGUCAGACCAUAAACUUCGUCACUGUUCGCUGUUCCUGUCCCGCCACCGACUCCUCCGGCCGCUGCUCCGUCUCCACCGCCUUCCGCUGGCUCCGUCGCCCUUCCUCUUCCCCCUAACUCAGGAACCAGAUCAGAUCAGGACACGAGCCGGUCCACGGUACAACCGCUUUACGUAAAGACCUGUCUCCCCACCGGCCACCACUAGUCCACUACGGCUCGUCUUCGCGGCAGUACAGCAGGGGUCAGAUCCGGCCGACACUUCGUCGCCAAGCUUGCCAUCUCCCCUGCCUUCCUUCCUCGCUCCGGCAACGUCGAGGCAGGAGGCAGCCUGCAAGUUCCCGCCCGAGCCUCAACGGGAUCUGCGCUAGCAUGGAUAGGGAAGCCAAGAAAGAAGCGUUCAGAAAGUAUCUUGAGUCCAGUGGUGUGCUCGAUACCCUCACAAAAGUUCUUGUUGCGUUGUAUGAGGAGAAUGAUAAACCUUCGUCUGCGGUUGAAUUUGUUCAGCAGAAGCUGGGUGGCCCAUCAAUUUCUGACUAUGAGAAGCUCAAGGCAGAGAAGUUGGAUCUGCAAUUGAAGUAUAAUGAGCUUUUAGAUACCCACAAGGAUACAUGCAGACAGCUGGAGGAACUUAAGAAUAUGAAGUACGGUGCACCUUGGAACUGAAACAACGGGCGCUGACGUUGUAAAUGUGUUCUGAAGCAUGUAUCUCUUGACAAAAAUAACAGUUGUCUGGAGCAUUGCUGAGUUGUACAAAAUCGAAUCAUCUCUUGCUGAAUUCAUCUUUACUCAGAUGCAUCCAUGUAUCCCAUUUCACUCCAAUUGGCCCUAAUUGGUUAUGAAAGCACUUAACCCACUCUAGGUCCUAGAUAUCACCACCAUUGCCAUUGGUAAGUAGCAAUACUGGCUCGCUUGUUUUACAAGAGGCACAACCUCAGUGUACACACUCAUUUCUAGUUUUUUUUUGGUUGAUCUGUUUCUAACGAGGCUGGUUCUCGUGACAGUUAGAUUUCAUCUA